UCAAACUCUCACCCGAUCAAAGCAACCUUCCUCCGCCGAACGGCUACGUUGUGCGCGGUAUGGGUCUCGCGACCUUUUGCACGAAAUUUUGGUCUCGUAUCUCUGCUAAGCCCGUGGAUUUGCGUCAAACACUACGACGCAGAUUGGCUUGAUGUUUCAGAGGCAGCGGCCAUGGAGUUCAUCCGAGAACGCACGUCGGUUCCCGUGCCCAAGAUCUACUGUGCUUUUACAUACCGCAACAAGACGUAUAUCGCCAUGGAAAGAAUCAAGGGCACGAUGCUCGCUGAUGGCUGGCUGCAACGAUCUGAGGAAUCCAGAUCACGGAUAUUGAAUCAGCUGAAAACUAUGAUUGAAGAGAUCAGAAGCAUCAGAUCUCCGCAUGGGUCUUCUGUCGCUAGUGUAGACGGCGGGAGUCUUAAUGACCCUAGACUGCCUGGUAUCGGCACAAUAUAUCCAAUACCCACUGCCAGACGCUUUGGUCCAUUUGAGGAUAUCAGCGCCUUCCAUCGCUGGCUGAGACGUCCCCAUAAGGAUGCCGAUGAUGCAUUCCCUGCCGAGGUCAAUAAAAUGAUCAAGGCACAUGAAGAGACCGAUUGGGGUCAGCCAGUUUUUACUCAUGGAGAUCUCAGUAGCUUCAAUAUCAUUGUCAAGGAUGACAAGGUCACCGGAAUCAUUGAUUGGGAAACAGCAGGAUGGUAUCCCCAUUAUUGGGAGUAUACAAGGGCAUCGAGAGUAAGCCCUCAAAAUGCCUGGUGGGUUGAUUAUCUGGACCGAUUCCUCGAGCCAAAGCCCAACGAGCGGAAGUUCGAAGAGACACGCUGCGAAUUUUGGGGAGAAAUCUGA